UUGGUAAAGGGCCUCUCUACCACAUGUUUAUUCUAUGGCUAGGCUCAGUAAUUCAGGUAUCUUGCGACACUCAUAUGUUAUAAGUGUAAGAAAAGAGGUGAUCUGCAGUUUUUCACGACACAUUCGACAAUGGCUAACGCGCGGACAUACGUGCUCUUGUUGGUGUUACUUGUGAAUUACAGGUUGACUUUGAGUCAGCCAACAUUCGGAUCAGCAAUAUUUUGCAGUCUGUUCUGCGAUGAUGAUGAUGACGACUCUAGCGACGACGAUGACUACGACUCCUACGACAUAUUCGGCGUUUGCUCCAUGUGUAGUAGUGGUCCCAAGAAGUCGUCUUCAGAGGCUGCCACGACGGCCAAACCGGAGUCAUCGCAGCCUGUCAAGAUUAUGAUACCACCAUCUAGCGGUCUAAACCUGACAGUAUUCAGCAGCAUCGGCGGAGUACUCAUGGAUCUAGUACCCUGGCUCGCGUCUCCCACAACUCCUGCCGCGGCAGCAGGCCCCACUACUGCUGCGCCGGCCACUACUGCCGCUCCUGCAGGAAACUCGACUGCUGCCACUACCACUAAAAAGAAAUAAAGUUCAAAAUAAGUGACAAAACUCCUGCCGUCAAAACUCCUGUCAUGUCAGCUAUUGAGUAACUUUUCAAAAUACCCAGUACCCUGGCUCGCGUUAUCUACCAUUCCUGCCGCGGCAGCCGGCCCCACUACUGCCGCGCCGGCCACUACUGCCGCACCUGCAGGAAACUCGACUGCUGCCAGUACCACUAAGAAAUAAAAUUAAAAAUAAGUGACAAGUACAUGUAUAAUCCUGCCAUCAGAAUUCCUGCCUUGUCAGCUAAUAGCUUCUCAAAAUACAACUACUGCCGUUGAAACUCCUGUCGUGUGCUGCUAUUACGUAACUUUUCAAAAUAAACAUUGGGCUACAAAUAAAAUUAAAAUCUUUUUCAGUCUGAAAUUGUGCAUAAGUGUAGUAGUAUUUUUUUAUAUUUUUGGGAAAGUGUGAUUGAAGUAGGUACAAAAUGGCAGACUUUUUUAAAGUAUUGUAAAUGUAGGAAACUUAGUCGUAAGCCAGUAAUUUUAUGACGAAAUAUUAUUUGUAAAAUAAAAAUUUUGA